AUGGAAAGGCUGGAGUCCAAGCGAGGGAUUCCUGGCAAAAGAUUGAGGAGGAUCUUGAAGGUGCUCAAGAAGAUCUACAGGAAUUCGAGGCACGGUAAAAUAACCGCCGGUCCCAAGCUAUUUAUUUAUAUAAAUAUUUACUCCCAAGCUAAAUACUCCCAAGCUAUUUACUCCUCCCCCCUCUGCCUUGAUAGCGGCCUUCGCGAUUUUGGCCGCACCCCGAGCAGAGUGACAAGUCACAUUCCUCUUUUCCUUCCUCUCCUUCCCCCAAACAGCACUGCGAGCCUCGCGGGCCGCCACAUCACCACCGAACGGAAUCUUCCCUUCAAAUUUCUGGCCAGCCAAAAGCGCCCGCUACACCAACCCCUCGUGAACCCAAGCAACAAACACGGCCUUGACGGCGGAGUGAGUGGAGGUGGGGAUCUAAACCACACCCUAAAAACCGAGCAUAGGAAGAAAAUGGUCCCCUUGGUUGGCAAGCCUUGCUGCAAUGAGCACGCUUAUAGCGCUGGCCGCCCAACACGCAGGGUUCAGUGGGAGGGUACUUCUCCAUCUUCCAGACACAGCGGUAACAAAACUCGUGGGGUUCCAUCUCAUAAAGGAACUGCGGAGGUGGGCCCGCCGCCUGCAUCGCGAUGCCUAGCUCGAUCACCUCCGCCGACGGCAUAGCUGGGGCAGGGGGGUCUGGUCUGUACUUCGAGUUUGCAG